ACAAAACAUUUCAAGGAGUUGAAUAUUUUCCCAUCUUUUAUUUAGCAUCAAAAACAAGAUGAGCUCCGGGCUGGGUACGCCGAUAGUCUCCAUUUUCGACAUGAUGGUGGAGCGUCACCUGAAGCUACGCCGAGAGUCGGCUUUAAAAGAAGCUACCAUUUCGCGCCGAACCAGAGAAGAGCGAAUAGUUGGCGAGGUAAAGAAACCAAACAUUAAAUCCAAACCCAUCUCGCAACACACGCCGAGAAAUGAAUCUCCUUGUCCUGCAAACGCGAUUACCGCCUCCCAUUUAACCAAGAAGCAGACUUUCCUGAAGGUGUUACCGCCGUCGAAAAAAGAGGAGAUCAAAAAACUGGUCGAGAAGAUUUCCAAGGGUCCUGGCAGGUCUAAUCCGGUGGCCCACAAAGAGCCCAAGUCAAGCAAGAAGACCAGUGCCAAGUCCUCCAAGAUGGUACUGAGCCCCCAUCGGAAGAAGAGGACAGGUGGCCAAACAUCGUUCCGAAGCAAGCAGAAGUCCAGCUGCACUCGAAUUAAGCGCUUGCCACUUUCCCCCGUAAGGGUGCAGCCUGGACAGAGGCAAGUAACCCUGCCGCCCAAAUCGACAAAAAAGAACACCAAGAUUUCCACAUCAAAUCUAUCCAUCGAUGCUGAGGUUCUCCGCCUCAAGCGUUGGCGUUUUUAGAAGCUAUAGAGAGAUUAAUUCAUAGUGAUCCCCAUGUGAUGAAGCUAUCAAUUUCCACACGAAGGCGAUCAAAAUUAAAAAUGUACAUCAAUAUGGUUUCCUUUAGUUUAUAUAAACAGAAUUCAAAUUAUUAAAAACU